GUCCCCUUCGUCCGUCGGUGGCGCACCCUUUUUCGGACUUUCGGACCGUUCCAGGCUCUGAGCUUAAAGCUUAAAAGCUUAAGUCUUGCUACUAAGCGAUUAGUCAUUAGACUUCCUCUGCCGGUGGUACUGCAAGCGACUCCGUUUUCAAUCUGUCUUCCUUCCUUUCUUCCUUCCCGCUCGCCGUCCUCCGCUCCUCCUCCUCGUCCGCCUCUUCGCCGCCCUGAUCCCGAUCCCACAUCCCAUUCUCGCUGCCUUCGUUGAGCCAUGUGGCCUGCUCCGACCUACGCAAACGGGCCACCGCAAAUAAGUCCCUCGGCACCCAACCCAUCCUCCCUUCCGCCUCCAAACGGCGCAGCACCCCAGCACAACCGCAAAACCCGCGUCGUCUCCUGCACCGAGUGCCACCGACGCAAGCAGAAAUGCGAUCGCCAGCUUCCUUGUAACCAGUGCAUCGCCCGCAAAGUCCAACCUCUCUGCCAGUACUCCAACCCUUCGCGGAAAAAAGCCACGCCCGCCUCCAAACCCGCCCGCACCUUCGACUCCUCUUCGCAGUCUCAGUCGCAUGAUCCCUACCACCAGCAGCCUCGGCAGUUCUACCAGAUCCCCACCGCGGCCGCCUCCUCGUCCAGCUCCCCCUCAUCCUCGACGCCCACGUACCCGCACCUCCACCAUCACACCCAGCCGCCUCUCGCCGACCCGCAGCUCCUCUCCGGCGGCUCGUCCUCUCCCGUGCCGUACGCUCCCUCUAUCAGCCCGUUCUACUCCUCCGACUCUAUCACCCCCUUCUACUUUGCCGCCGCUAGCGCACCCAGGUCUGUCGCCGCCCCGACUGCAAUCACCACACCCUCAUCCAUCACGCCCCAGCUCCAUCAGCCUCUCGCUCAGCACCCCAUCGUCCCUGCCCCCUCCGCCACCGAGCAGAUCUACCCUUUGCCACAGCCCUCCUCUCUCGACCCGCCUUCAGGGAUCCACGACGAACCCUCUGGUCCCGAUGGGCCGGUCAUCCGCAACCAGAAGGACAGGCAGAUUGCAAUGUACUCGCUGCAGUGCAUGCCUCCCCGUCCGAUUGUCGAGACCCUUCUCCGCAAUUUCUUUGACAAGUGCGAUUUUUACAAUAUCGUCAAUCGCAACGCUCUCGAGAAUGCGUAUGAAGAGUGGUCUACGAGAAUCACCGAUCGCACGAGCGUGCGCGCGGUCGAGAUCGCCACCGUCAUCUUCAGGCUUAUGAGCAUCUCGCUCUACUUCAUGCCGGAUCAAACUCGCGAGGUCGUCCGUCAGUACAGAAGCGACACCCCGCAGCUCAUCCGCGAUUUCGACACCUCUGCCACGAAUCUCUCAGACAUGCUGCCGGACUGUAUGACUAAGGUUGUCGAGCAUCUCCUUCGCAGUGCGUUUUUCAAGUACGAAGGACGUCUCAAAGACGGCUGGUACACGAUCUCCACCACGAUUCGCAUCGCGCAGCAGCUCAAGCUCCAUGCCGAAGAGCCAAACACUCCGCCUUCUUACACCCGCGAGCGAAAGCGUCGCAUCUGGAUGGCCAUCUAUUACUGGGACCGGUGCAUGUCGAUCGCGCUGUCGCGGCCGUUUAUGAUUUCAAACUCGUCGUGCAAGACACCUUUCCCGCUCGAUCUUCCAGACGACGGCUACUUCCCGACCGUGAGGCCAGAUAGUGCUCCCCGGGUCGGCGAGCACACAAUCACGCCGCUGACGAAAUGUAUCUACGUCGCAAAGCUGGCUGAGAUUGCCUCUGACAUGGACGACGAUCCGGCGCUGUGCGUCCGCAAGCUCACAAAGUUUGCAGAGUCGUUGCCCCCUCACUUCCGCGUCAAGAACCCGGACACCAGUCUCGACCAGCAGUUCCCGUAUUUGGCCAGUCAUCGGUACAUGCUCGCAAAGACGGUCUAUUCGUUCUGCAUCACUUUCUACCGCCGCGGCGCGCCGCUGCGCAAUGCCCAGGCCGUUUGUCUCGAACUGCUGAACGUGUGCGACCAGUCGCUUCGUGAUUGCGAGCCGUAUAUGCACCGCGACUUCUUGAUGGCCUACUCGAUCCUCGAGACGAGCGUGUUGCUCUGCCGGAGCCUGAUGAGGGAGUUCAAGGCCCGACCAGGCCUGGCUGAGCGCGGGUACAACCUCGCCGUCGAUCUGCAGGAGAACGACGUCUCGUUUCUUGAAGACCAGAUUGCGGGGCCCGUGGGCGCGAUUGAUUGCUGCAAAGCGUUAGAGCGCAACGUCAAGUGGUUCAGGGAGUUGAAGAAGAAUAACGCGAUGGCGAUGCAGUCUUACAAGAUGCUGAAGAAUCUUAGCUUUGCUAUUCGCGAGGAGCUUAAUGGGAUUAUCAAAACCUACGAGAGCUCGUCGCGGAUGAUGGAUCAGAAAGCAAGAGCUUUGGCUGAGCAGCAAAAGCAGCAGCAGCAGAUUCAACAACAACAGCAGCAGCAUCAACAGCCACUCCAUCAGAUGCCAGUGCAACAGCAGCAGCCUUUGCAGCGAAUGCCGUCAGACCCGGUUGUCCAACGCCAACUCAAACAGAUUGACGACAUCCAGCUCAAAUUUGACGAGUUUUUCCGACAAGGGGGCGGAAACCAGCUCAACAACGCGCAGCUCAACAUCAAAGCCCAGGCGUCGCCUACCUCGCAAGUGAAUUCAGUGUCUCCACUUACGAUGGACAACAGCACAGGCGACAGCACAGGCGACAGCACAGGCGACAGCGCAAGCGGUGUCUCGUCUUCGUCUCACGCCACCAGUGUUCCAGAAUUCAGCAUGCUGGAUCAUGCCGAUGAAGGGCGAGAAGUGAACGCGAUGCGGGAAAUCGAUAUGACCGGAGGCGGAGGAGUCGCGCCGGCGCACGCGGGCGCGAGCGGCGACAACGGCUCCUCUUUCUUUGCUGACGAACUCUCGUGGGACUGGCUGCAGUUCCGGGAAGACAGCGAGGAAAGGUUCCAGUAUCUGCCAGUGAUCGACGGAUCCAUGGCAGCAUCUGCGAAUGCUGACGUGGGUUUCGGACGCAUGGCGAGCGAUCUGCUCGAGACACAUAUGUAAAUUUUGUAUCAUCUGACUUUUGACAGCUUCUUGUACAAUUUUUGUCUUUCAAUGCUUUUUGGGAUCAUUUUUUUGGACGCUCUUGUCAUACCGCUCUGAGCAUUUAUCAACCUUCUGUAUGUAUUUUUGGGAGACUCACGUCCCGUACUGUUGGCGAAAGGAAACCUCGUUAUUUUGCUAUAUCUAUUGUCUAUUGCGUGUACCUUAUCUGGGAUGUGUUUUGUUUUGAAGAAGGAAAUCUUUUAUGUCUAGUGUUUAGUGUCUAGUUUUCUAGUGUAAAGGAGUUACAUGGGUCGUUUAUCUAUCUACAUCUGCUAUUGACGCCAUUUAUGAAACCUUUUUGAUUACCGUUUGUUUAUUUGUCUGUGUCUAUAUGUUAAUAGUAAUAUCACCAACUAUCAAAGUCAAAUGCAUC